CCACAGACCAGCGGUGCUCCAGUCCUCCAGGGACCUCCAACUCGCUGGCAUCCCCUCUGUGUGUGUGUGUGUGUGUGUGUGUGUGUGUGUGUGUUUGUGGGUGAUUGUGAAUGUGUGGGUGUGUGUGUGCACGUCUAUGUGUCUAAACUAGGUGUCCAGAGCCCAGUCUCUGUGUGUGUGUGCGUGUGUGUGCAUGUGUAUGUACACGUGUUUAUUAAUGUAAACGAGAAGUACGAGAAAAACACUUUUAAAUCACCUACUACUGGAGGCUUUAAGGGCCCUGUGGACAUUCAUCCCAUUCAUCUUAGCGUGAGAGAGUGUUUGUGAGAGAGUGUGUGUGUGAGUGUAAGGUAGAAAAUGAGGCUUGUUUGUGUGCUGUCGGCCGUGUGUGUGUGUGUGAGUCUUCUCGUGUGUGUUCCCGAUGUCACGGCCCAGACCCCCACCACAGCACCCAGCACAUACACGGAGUGCACAGAUGGCUAUGAAUGGGACGCAGAGAGUCAGCAUUGUAAAGAUAUUAAUGAGUGUGAGACCAUAGCGGACGCCUGCCAGGGGGAGAUGAAGUGCUUCAACCACUACGGCGGCUACCUGUGCCUGCCCCGCUCCGCCUCCGUCAUCACCGCCCCCGAUCCUGUCAGCCAAUCAGAAGGAGAGCCCGGGGCCGAGGGGCCAAUGGAAGAGCAGCAGCAGCAGCAGACGUUGCCUGUGGUGGGCACCAACGAGGCCUUUAAUCCAUGUCCCGUUGGAUACCAGGCACAGGGAGAGAACUGCAUCGAUGUGGAUGAGUGUGAGCUGGGCAUCCAUGAGUGCCAGCCUAGUCAGCAGUGUGUGAACAUGGUGGGGACCUACAGCUGCCAGUGUCCCGAAGGGUACAGCAAGAUCGGCCUUGAGUGCGUAGAUAUCGAUGAGUGUAGGUACCGCUACUGCCAGCACCGCUGUGUAAACCUGCCCGGCUCCUUUAGCUGUGAGUGCGAAGCCGGCUUUCAGGUGGCCCCCAACAACCGCUCCUGUGUAGAUGUGAAUGAGUGUGAGAUGGGAGCUCCGUGUGAGCAGCGCUGCUACAACACCUAUGGCACCUUCCUGUGCCGCUGUGAACAGGGUUACGACCUUGGCCCAGAGGGAUACUCCUGCCAAGAUAUUGAUGAGUGUAGCUACUCCAGUUACCUGUGUCAGUACCACUGUGCCAAUGAGCCUGGAAGCUUCUCCUGUGAGUGUCCUGAGGGCUAUGAGAUCCUGGGAAGCCGCCUCUGCCAGGACAUAAACGAGUGUGAGACUGGGGCUCACCAGUGUGGGGAGGGCCAGAUGUGUGUGAACGUCCAUGGAAGCUACAGGUGUCUGGACAACCGCUGUCUCGAGCCCUAUGUGCAAGUCUCAGAGAAUCGGUGUGUGUGUCCGUCCACCAAGCCUGAGUGCCGUGACCUGCCGUUCUCCAUCGUGCAGCGCUACAUGAGCAUCACGUCCGAGCGCACGGUGCCCUCCGACAUCUUCCAGAUCCAGGCCACCAGCGUCUACCCCGGCGCCCUCAACACCUUCCGCAUACGCACCGGCGACGAGCAGGGAGAGUUCUACAUCAGGCAAAUCAACAACAUCAGUGCCAUGCUGGUGCUGGGCCAGGCUGUGACGGGGCCCCGGGAGUUCGUACUGGACCUGGAGAUGGUGUCCGUCAACCCCAUCCUCAACUACCAGACCAGCUCCUCCCUCAGGCUCUACAUAUACGUGGGCCCCUACGCCUUCUGAGAGCCCCAGGGAUGGGAGAGAGGAGGAGAGGAGAGGAAGGGA